AGUAUUUACGGUAAGGUGGACCCGCUGGGUCUGUGUCAGGUGAUCAGAGGCGAGGAGCGGCUCCUGCUGCCGCCACCGCCUGUCCGGAGGAAAAUGCAAGAUGGCCCGGCAGCGGCGGCGGCAGCGGCGGGGCGCUGAGCAGGGGUUGCCUGGCGCGCCCUCGACGGCCCUGACGCGCGGUGGGUACAACGGGGAGCGCUGAGCGCCUUCCUCCUCCUCCUCCUCCUCUUCCCCUCCAGCCCAGACGCGCGCCCGGCUCGUUCUCUCGCUCGCUCUCUCGCUCGUCCCCCGCAGGGCAAGCAGCCAUGGGGCUCUGCUACAGCCUGCGCCCGCGGCUCUUUGGCGACCCCGGAGCAGCAGGAGGCGGCGGCUCCAUCUCCAGCACCGCCGCCACCACUUCGGAAACGGAACAACAGCCGUCGCCCAGCGCCGAGUCCGUGGCCCGGCCGCCACAGUCCGCAGCCCAGGCCGGGGGAGGAAGAGGAAGAAGCGCGGGCAGAGGCGGCGGCGGUAGCAGCAGCAGCAGCAGCGCCGGCGGGGAGGCGGAAGGCGCCGGCGGGAAGCCGCGCCUGGGGGAGGCGGACGGGCCGCUGCUGCUCCUGCAGAACGGCGGGGGGGACGGGGCGGCUCCCGCGGAGAAGCAGCAGCAGCAGCAGCAGCACGGGCCGCCGCCUCAGGCCAAGCCCGCCUCGGGCACCGCCGCCGCCAAGCCACAGUCCCUGGCGCUGCAGAGACCCUGGGAGAAGCAGCGCCUGGAGGAGCGCGAGGCGGAGAAGGAGGCGAGGAAAGUCAGCAAGAGCAUCGACCGGGCGCUCAAGCAGCAGAAGAGGGAAUACAAGCAGACGCACCGCCUCUUGCUGCUGGGAGCCGGUGAGUCAGGAAAAAGCACUAUUGUCAAGCAAAUGAGGAUCUUGCAUGUGAAUGGAUUUAAUUCAGAAGAAAAGAAACAGAAAAUUUUGGACAUUCGGAAAAAUGUUAAAGAUGCAAUUGUGACAAUAGUUUCAGCAAUGAGCACCUUAAUACCUCCGGUUCCGUUGGCCAACCAAGAAAACCAGUUCCGAGCAGAUUACAUUAAGAGUAUAGCCCCACUUUCUGACUUCGACUACACAGAGGAAUUCUUUGAGCAUGCAAAAAAGCUCUGGGACGACGAAGGAGUAAAAGCGUGCUUCGAGAGAUCAAAUGAAUACCAGUUGAUUGAUUGUGCACAAUACUUUCUAGAAAGGAUAGACAGUGUCAGCUUGCCUGAUUAUACCCCCACAGAUCAGGACCUCUUGAGAUGCAGGGUUUUGACAUCUGGGAUUUUUGAAACAAGAUUUCAAGUAGAUAAAGUAAACUUUCACAUGUUUGAUGUAGGUGGUCAGAGAGAUGAAAGAAGAAAAUGGAUCCAAUGUUUCAAUGAUGUCACAGCUAUUAUCUUUGUUGUGGCCUGUAGCAGCUACAACAUGGUCAUAAGGGAAGACAAUAACACAAACAGACUACGGGAGUCCUUGGACCUCUUCAAAAGUAUCUGGAACAACAGGUGGUUACGGACAAUAUCUAUCAUUUUGUUCUUGAACAAACAAGACAUGCUGGCUGAAAAGGUCUUGGCAGGGAAGUCUAAAAUUGAAGAUUAUUUUCCAGAGUUUGUACGUUACACUGUACCUGAAGAUGCAACACCAGAUGCAGGAGAAGAUCCCAAAGUUACAAGAGCAAAGUUCUUUAUCCGAGAUGAAUUUUUAAGAAUAAGCACUGCAACUGGAGAUGGAAAGCAUUACUGCUAUCCACAUUUUACAUGUGCAGUGGACACAGAAAACAUUCGCAGGGUGUUCAACGACUGUAGAGACAUCAUUCAGAGAAUGCAUCUUCGCCAGUAUGAACUAUUGUAAUUGAAAAUACCAUAGAGUCUGUGGUCUUAAGCAGCUUCUCUUUCUUUCUAGACUUCCUAACACAAAGUAAAGGAAGUUGCUGUCUAGAUAUGUCUGCCACCUCAGUUUGUUUACAUUGGUUAGCCUUUUGGCUAGUUUGCAGCAUCCCUCUCCCCCAUUCAUACUGUUUGGGACAAUAUAUGUGCUUAAUUUUGAUAUGCCACUUCUUUGUCAUUCCACUAAGCCAUUGGGCUACCUCUGUUUCAUUAGGUUUGGUUACAUUUGGGGUGGGUUUUUUAAAGAAAAUUAAUUGGAGAACCUGCUUUUUUCCUUUUAAGCAGGAUUGUUAGUUCAAGCUGGUAUCUGCUUGUUGAAUGGUACCAUGUCAUACCUAUAGUGUGCGCAGGUUCCUUUUUUACCAUAACACUGAAGAGUACUUGAUGGAUGGUGAAAAAAAAAGAAUAAUGCACUUUGUAUCAGGGUUAUGAAAUACUGUUGAGGAUGUAUACAUGCGUGAUGUAGCAGCACCACAAUAUUUAUUACACUUGUCAGUUUUUAACACAGCUGAGCUGCAGGUCCACUGUUCCAGGGACCUCUUCUAAGCCAUUAUUGGCACAGGAAAUAGAAUAGAAAAUGUGAGACAGGGAAGAUAAGCAAUUUGGGGGAGGUUUGGAGCAAGAGUCUCUACGCACCUCAGGCAUUUAAAUUUAGAGCUACUUUUUCAGCCUAUUGCAUCUAGGCAGAAAAUCCACCACCUUCAUUUAUGUUGUUAGUUCUGUCCACAAAUGAUCCAACUAGCUUAGAUCAUUUUUGGAGAACAGUCUUCUCCCUAUAUAUAAUAUAUAUACAUAUAUAUAUACAUAUUAUUUUUGUUUUACUGCUGGUUUAUUAUAUUGUACAGACUGUAAAAUGUAAUAUUAUUUUGUACAAUUUUAUUGAGGAAAAAUACUUGUAGAAGAUCUUUGUGCCUUGAUUAUGGCUGUACCUGUAAAUUGAGCUAAGAUGUAAGUAUGUUUUUGAUUGCGCUGUACAGCUUGAUGUCAAUUUUACCUGCAGCAGUGGCUGGAGGUAAAAAAACUUCUCUGUAGAGUUUAGGGGUUUUUUCUGGUUUAUAUAAAAAUGCUCUUUAGUAUAAAAAAUUAUAAAUUAUGCAAAUUUUAGUCAUUAUCUUUCCGAGUUGUUAUCGUCACCAGAUGUUGCAGCAACAUGCCUUUCUCUCAGUCUCAGCUUUAAAACACUGAAAUUGAUUCAAGUGUCCAAAUUGCAACCUGGUGUUUUUUUCAUGGGAACCAAGGAUUUUGUUUUUUAACCUUUAGAAAAAUAUGUUGGGUAAUUCUUUGGUCAUUCAAAGAUCUUUCACAAUUGCAGAGACAGAUUGUGAAUGUAUAAAAGCACCAUUAGAUAAAGACUCAUAUAUCUUUGUUGCAACAGCUGCUUUCAUUGUGCAAGCAAAUUGCAAGAAAGAAGAAAAGCUGUAACCCUUGUGUCUGGCCUAAGAGAAUUACAAGAUGACAUUUUUAUUUCUCUUAAUAAAGAGACCUUAGAAAAUUGUUUAUUUUAAAUAUUGUAGAAUCACAAUGUGUGAAUAUUUCUCAAACUUGAAUAAUUUAUGCAAAUGACAUUCACAAAAAAGUUGUGGUACAGUACAAUUUAAAAGCAAGAAUUGCUGUAGCAAUAAGGCAUGUCCUCUAAAUAUAACGUUGCUUUAUAUUUUAUGUCAGAGUACAUACUUUCCUGUGUCCAAGAUAAACUGUACAAAAGUUUAAAAUUUAUAGUUGCAAUAACAAAUUUAGAAAUGUUAGCCUACAUAACAUCAUAGAUGAUUAAAUCACUUAGAUUAUAUUCAUUCUUUAAAUUUAAAGACUAUUCUGAAAUAUUUUCAACCACACAACCUAAAUCAAUAAGGAUAGCAUGUUUGUGCUUUACAUAAGCUCAGUCUUCCCCCCCCCCAAAAAAAACUGGAUGGACAUGUGGUUGUAAAUCUGAAGAGGUAUUAGUAAUCUUUCUAAGUACUGUAUUUUCUAAAACCCCUUCAACAUUUUAGUCCCAUUCUGAAACUGCUAGUUGAACAUUUCAGUGAUGUUUCAGCAAGGGUAAACCUGCAGGCUUUCAAAACAUUUGAAAAGUCAGAGAUACCACUGUUACAGAAAUGAGCAGAUUUCUAGACUUCCUCCUAAAGACAAACAGAAAAUGUGAACUACUGCCUGCUAAAAGUUGGAGAAAGUAAUUAAAAACAGUCGGGGGGGGGGGGCUCUGUUUAUAUGCCGUUUUCUCCCCUCCGAAUUUCAGAAAACAUAAACAACAUCCAAAGGACCCUGAACUUAAGUUGUAUGAUGUUGCAUUGGUGCACCCAUACUCUAAGUACUUGUUUACUUGGAAAAUGGGACUGGUCUAAAACUCAGCUUCAAGACUGAGCUGAGCGCUAAAAGUUGCUGCUAAAGUUUGUCCUCUAACAUCUUGCUCCUAAGUGCACCAUUUGGAAAUGCCAUUGACCUCAGUGGGACUUCCUUUUGCUUCAAAAUGUUUAGAAUCAGGGCAGACAUGAUUAGGAUCUCCCCAGGAUCAAUUCCUUAGAUUCCUAUUUGUACAGGGUGCUCUCAUUAUGUGUAAACUCUCUACGAACCAUGCUGGGGUAGACCAACAGUUGCUAACAUCCUAUUAUGAGGAAGAUUUCUAGACAGACCUCUUGACAUAAGUCAGUGGGAUGCGCACAGUCUACAUACAGCUAGCUCGUGGCUAGUCCUCACUUUUCUGCCGGGUUUGCCAUUAGUCUGCAAGCCAACUAGCCAGGGUUUUUGAUGACUGUCAAGUAGACUACACAUAAAUAUCAUCUAAAGCUACUUUACAUUGAAGAUAAAUAAGGUGACUCAUCUGAGGCCAGUAAGUUACUUCUCCCAAACAAGAGCCUUUUCUUUGUAACAUCUUACUGUAAAAUAACUCUACAUCUUGUAUUGCUGACAUCAAGGAAAAGAAGUACCACAUUAGAUGGUCAUGCAGCAAUAACACUUUAGAAUUGUUUCCAGUUAGAAAGACUAAGCCUCUAGCAGCAUAGGACACUCUAGUGCAGACACAAGAGGAGGCUUGUAGACUUAUAGUGUACAGUUACAAACUUUUAAUAUACAUAUUUGAUACAAAAAAACUUUAGCAAGGAAAAAUGACUCAUUUGAUUGUAGAAUACAAUAUUUUUGUACAGCAUGAAGCAUUCAGUUAAUUUAAUCCUGUAGAAAAAAAAAGUCAUAUCAACUGUAUAGGACUUUCUAUGUGUAAAGGCAACCCUGCCUUUGGGCUAGUAAUUCAAGUACGCAUUUGCUGGCAUGAAUGUAGUCUGAUGGACUGUUCUUUAGCUUUGGUGUGUCAGUGACAAGAUUACAAAUGUCCAGCUCUUCAUACUGCUUUAUGCUUAGUGAUUAAAUACUGAACAAACUGAAAAAGGAAGACAAAGAGAGGCUGAAAGUGAACUAGUGUGAGGAGCACAAGCACAGCUCCUGCUGUACAGUAGAUAGCAACAACUGUGUUUUCAAAUGGAAGAAAGCACUUGUAGAGGGAGAAGUCUGUUGAUGUGAUGCUGCCCUGAAAAAGAAAACCACCACCGUUUAUAUCUGGCCAAGAGAUUAGGAAGCUGGAUUUUUUAAAAGUUUGCUUUAAUGGCAGGAUAGGUCAGUUCUUUGCUUAGCACCAGGACGUUCAAUUGUCUAGCAGAUAAAACUCUUAAUUUGCUUUGAAACAGCGUAUGUUAAGCUACUCUAGUGUUAAGCACUGAACUGCUCUGAGCCAAUUCUGUGCCAUUUGAAAGCAUUUGGGUCCUUAAUAUGAACACAGGAGCAGCAGCUAUUUGACUGGUUAGGGCAGAUUUUACAAAAUAAUGUGGACUGUCCUGAGCCACAUAAUGGCUACUGGCCACAAUCCGACAUAUACUUUUAUUCCCAUCGAAAUCAGUGGGGUUUAGUACUGACUACUGUGUGACUUAGGGAAGACCCAGUGUUUGAGAACCGGAGAGGAGACCUGAUUGGCUAACUUCAUGUAGCACUGCAAGAGGAGAAAAGCUUUGCAUGUAAUUUAAGCCAGCAGCCAAAUGUCAUCCACACUUCAGAGUGUAGGAAGUAGAACUUUCUAAAGGAAGUGGGAUACUUUGGUAAUAAACCACUCUGGACAAAAGGAAAAGACAACAUGCUUUACAUGCAGAAGUGUUUAGCAUCAUGUUAACUUGUUUAGGCAUCAAAGAACUACGCCUAGGAACUAAGAAGUAGAGGUCUGUAACUGCUUUGUCUUUUCCCAUGCACAGAAGGCUGAAAAAGUAAAUGUAGCUUAGGACUUGAUUUUUGAAAAUAGAAGUAAGUAAAAGUGUUUUACAACUGGGAAACUGUUUGUGCUCCAGGUUAAUCUACUGAAAGUCAUAAUCUAGUAUAUCCAAAGUUUUUUAAAAAAACUGUAUCGCAAUUAUUAAUUAGGUUCCUCUGAACAGAAUUUUGCUGCCCUAUGGAAUAGUUUGCACUUUUGAAUGAUGGAAGAGCCAUGCAGAAAGAUGGUAUUGUGAAUAAAUCAGCCAAGCAAAAACAAGUCUUAAUACUGUUUGUUGCAGACUACUGAUGAUUGUUGCAAAUUGUUUACACUGCACCCUCUUUAUAGAAACAUACUAAAUACGCUUGUAUUUAGAAAUGGUUGUAAAACUUAAGAAAAAAUCCUUUGCACUAUACAAGCUGGAUAGCUCCCAGGUAUGUGUUUCAUAAAGUUGGUGCUUUGUAUUCAAGUUAAGUGUACUUUUGGUAUAUGAUGGGGAGGAGCUGUUUUGUUUUGCUUUUCUACAGGUAGCAUCAGUCUGACAAAAUAGCUGAUUGCUAUGUUGAUUUAUAUUAUGAAAAAUUAUCUGACAAAAUAAAAGUAACUUAAAUUUA